CAGAUAUGCCUAGUGACCUAUAUUUAGGACACUUGUAGUGUUCUCCAUAAAGCUUACUUCUGAAGUAGUUUCAGCUUUUUCCAACAGGUGGCAGGGUGGUUGCUGUCUUCAGUAAGAGCUACUGAAUGCAUCUGAGCAACAAUCAAGUGAAUGCUUCAACUAGUUUGUUUCUUUAGACUAGUUUACAAAUUUAGGAUUUCCAAUCAACUUCAUGAGCUCUGCGCCAUGUGCGAAAAGAACUUGAACCUUCAUGAAAUUUUGACGAUGCUAGAAGAUGAAGAGAUCCAAGUGCCACCUGAUGAAGAAAUUGGCGUAUAUAUUCAGCCACCAAUCAAUGCAAAUGAUGAUGUCACUGAUGAGGAUUCUGGGGAUGAGGACAUGACUUCAAUCCAUCAUCUUCCAGGAAACCAACUAUUGGCCCCGGCUGAAGUUUCCCAAGAAUUUGAACUGAGUGACAACAAAGAUGAAGAGGAUCCUUCUUUAUCACAACCAACCUUACCCUCUAGUUUCAGCGAAGAUGGACAUAGCACAGCCACCAAAUAA